GAUCUGAGUGUCUUCACAAUGUCUUUCCUGGACAGAGACCUGGGUCGAGCUGACGGAGACAGCCACAAGAAGGGGGAGCCUCUGUGCCGGUCUACCAGCCCCACCAAGAGUUUCUUCCACCGGACUCCGUUCAACCGACCCGCCAGUCCCCACUCUGCUCCCGCCAGGACCUGCACCUCCAAGAUGAGUCCUAGCUCUCUUAAAACCAACUUCCCCUACCAGACCGAAACCCCGCAGCAGGAUCCCUCACCCAAGCCCCCACGCAGGUUGAGCUUCAGUGGGAUCUUUCGGUCGACCUCCAGAGAUUUGAACCAGCAGCACUCGUCUCCUGUCAGCAUCAGACUGUUUGGCCGAAACCGGAGAGACAAAAUCAGAG